CUGGUGAACUUUUAUAUUUAGCACCGCUCGAGUUUCCAAAUACCCAUUCAAUGCCAGCAGACACAGCAACACAACCCUAUGGAAUCUCUCCACUACUCCAACACAAGCAACUCAUAAAAUCAGACGACUCACAGGCACGAGUCACGACCAUAGACUGUAAAAAGGUCACGACACACAGAGAGAGCAAGUGUUGAAACCCUGUCAAAAUCGAAUUAAGAGCCGUUUGAACGCAAUGUGAACCUAUUCUUGGCUUGAAACGGGCUGAAUGGGGAAGAGAAUAUCAAUUCCAAACUCAUCUCUCAUUGAUUAAGUCCAGAAUAAUGAUUAUUAAAAGCCAUGAAGGAAGCAUUCAAGUCUGUAGCUUGACAAAAAGACAAAUAUAGUUUUUCCCCUUUUCAGCAACAUGAUUUUAUCAUACCUGAUGUGCAAAUCGCAAUGACAAGGCAGAUUGCAAAACUGCUUGUGGAAGAAAAAGGGGCAGAAACCUUUUUUUUUUUGAAGGAAAUCUUUAAUAGCAGCAGAGAAACAGGAAGAAGAUGGAUCUGACAUCAAGCAGUUAUGGGUGCAAGAAAAUUCAAAUUCACAAAUGCUCAUUUUUUUUUCUCCUUCGAUAAAUGGCAUGCAGAAGAGAUGGCUGCACUCUUUUAUGCGUAUUAGAAUUCAGUGAUGGCUCCACCCCAUUUUUUCAGUUCCUGCUGCAGGACUUUAUGCUGUAUAUACGCUGUACAUCUGUGAAGGAAGCUGAACUGCUGACUUCUUUCUUCAGGACAGUGAGUUGAAAUUGAUGCAGACAUUUCCAAUUGUCAUCACAUUGUAUUUCUGUAAUGGAAUAAUUAUUUUGGGCUCUAGUGGAAUUUCCAGACCAGAUGUAGAAGACAAAGAGACUAGAGAGUAAGAAAUAUUUGGCGCUUCUCAACGAAUGGUUGUGCGUGAUAAAACUUGUACUGAAUGAAACUGUUAGCCGUAGACUGAUGCAGAAAGUUCUAGGUGAUGUAUGAUGGCUGUGACACCACCACCUGAAAUCACCAUGGCUGAGCCCAUUCCCAUUCCAACUCUAAACAUUCUUCCGCCUUCAUCCGAUACGGAGUCGUGGUCCUGCUCCCCAAGCCCACAGCCACACCGGUUCCACUUACGCAGCCGUAAUCGAGAGAAGAGGAGAGCCAAGGUACAGCAAGCAGAUGCAUCAGAGAACCAUUGGGAUAAGGGGAAAGGGGAAAGAGAUAGAAAUCUAAGCCCAUCACGUGCAUCUCCGUUGCCUUCAAUGGUUUCUAAUGUGGAAGAGCAGGGCAGCCCCUCUGUGCUUCUGCUACCCCCAUCCCGCUCAUGGUCACGGAGCUCCUCCCUAAGCAGGCACUCUCGCUGGUCUCUCCGUAGCCUUCUCAGCAAGGAUUCAGAUUGUGACAGCAGCAGUACAGCCAGUAACUCUCCACGCAGCACUCCCGGCAGCUCACCCUCCUUGCGCCGGCGUGUUCUGGGAGGCAGAGCCAGCGAAGGGGAGACAGCUGGGGACAGAAGUGGUGGAGGUUCAGACAGUCCCCUGCCUCCUACUCCCUCCUCAUCAACCUCCUCCUACCCGCUCACGGCCCGCCACUUCACUCGCAAUGCCAAGAAAAUGCAGAGCUGGUAUAAUGUGCUCAGCCCCACAUACAAACAGAGGAAUGAAGACUUCCGUAAACUCUUUAAAAAGCUGCCUGAUACAGAGCGUCUCAUAGUUGACUACUCAUGCGCACUGCAGAGGGACAUACUGCUCCAGGGCCGUCUCUACCUGUCUGAGAACUGGCUCUGCUUCUAUAGUAAUAUCUUCCGAUGGGAGACCACGAUAACCAUACUGCUGAAAGAUGUGACCAGUCUGACCAAGGAAAAGACAGCCAAGCUCAUCCCUAACGCCAUCCAGAUUUGCACUGAACAUGAGAAGCACUUCUUCACGUCAUUUGGGGCAAGGGAUCGCAGCUAUAUGAUGAUCUUCAGGCUAUGGCAGAAUGCACUGAUGGAUAAGACUCUGUCUCCUAAGGAGUUAUGGCACAUUGUUCACCAGUGUUACGGCACUGAGCUAGGGCUCACUAGUGAAGAUGAUGACUAUGUCUCCCCUACUGCUGAACAUAUGAACGGCCUGCUGCCAGGUGAGGAGCCGGUCUCCGUCACUGACCUGCUGGAUCUGGGAUCAGUGCCGGUGGCUCCGGUGGGCUCCUCUCCACCCUCGUCUGCCUCAGUUCUUCCCUGUGCUUCAGGAUCUUCACCUCCAUCCUCCUCUUCCUGCCAGCCUGUGGAGGUGCCGUCUACUCGGACCACGUUCGAACCUGAGCCCAGUCCACCCAGCUCCCAGAGCUCACUAACCCCCAGCACACACACUGGAGCUUCCCCGUCCUCAACCAUCUUGGAAGAAGGCGGGGACAGCCAGUCAGAAUCAGCCAAUCAGUCACUUCAGUCCCCUCCCACUGUCCCACACAGCCUGGGAAACCUCUCCUCAUUGGAUAUGACCAAUGAUGAAGAGCUCCCAACUGACCCCAGCAAUUCCUCUGACACUCAGGAUGAGAGUGAGGUGGAGUCUUUCUGUCCGGACCUCAACGGCCGACUGCAUAUCAACACGGUUGUUCGCAUGAGCGUGGACAAGCUCUACGACCUUCUGUUCUCAGACACUCACUUCAUACAGCACCUCUUCUCACAACGUCACUUCACUGAUCUCUCUGUGCACGAGUGGCAGCAGGACAGCAGCAGUGGGAGCAGCAGUAGAGUUCUGAGUUACACCAUCGCCAUCAACAACCCACUGGGCCCAAAAACCGCUCCUGUAGUGGAAACACAGACUCUCCACAAGAGCAGCAGCCGGGGGGAGUGUUACGUGGUGGACUCAGAGGUCAUAACCUCAGGCAUCCCCUACCAGGACUACUUCUACACUGUACACAGAUACUGCCUCACCUCUGUCAACAAGCACAAGAGCCGCCUCAGGGUCUCGUCUGAUAUCUGCUACAGGAAGCAACCGUGGAGUCUUGUGAAAGCUCUGAUAGAGAAGAACACUUGGAGCGGCAUUGAAGAGUAUUACAGACACAUGGAGAUGGAGGUGUGUAAGUUGGAGACACUGUUACAGUCGGAGGUUUCCGUAGUGAGUGCCGGGGAAGUGCCUUCCACAGACUCCGCCAAGACUCCCUCUGGCCUGCGCAGACGCAAACGCAACUGUCCGAGACGAGCAGGAGAGCGGGAGAGAGAAAGGGAUGGAGCGGGAGGAGGUGGCGGGGAGCGGGGUGACCGAGGAAUUGGAGAUGAGCGUGAAAGGAGAGAAGCUGGUGCUCAGUAUGUGAAAUUGGGAGAGAGGUGGCGCGGAGCCGGCAACAAUGGCAUCUCCACCAUCCUGCUCAUUGUGAGCUUCAUUCUGGUGGUUCUGGUGGCUCUGAACAUGAUGCUGUUCUACAAACUUUGGGCGCUCGAGCGGGCUGCACACACGCUCGAGACCUGGCACUCGUACUCUUUAACAGACAGCCCUCUGCCCCAGUCAGCGGGAGAGUGGGCGCAGGUACUGCAGCUCCAGAGGCAGUUCCACCAGGCCCAGAUGAACAAAUGGCAGCAGAUUUUACAGUCUUCUGUCUCACUUCUGGAUCAGAUGAAACAAUCUCUGGAGAAGCUCCACAGAGGAAUGAUCACACCAGAGGUGCAGCAGGAGUCUGAUCCAGCAGCAGACACACUGACGGAUCAGUGAAGAGCAUACGGUAACCCCUUCACCAAACCGUUUACUAACUCUGGUCACCGUGACAUAGGCGUCCACAAAGGGAGCAAAUCAUAGAUGGGAGAUGGUGCUCAACUCAGUGACAUUAACAUUGGGAUUGAUUUGGGUAGCUUUUAGGUUACCCAAGUGUCCCAGCAGCAGCUACAGGACUACAAACAAACUCAACUCUUCUGUCAAUCUGAAUAUCAUGAACUCUGGGUCUGAAGCAAUAACACACAUGUAUGGGAGCAUCUGUGACUUUCAGCUGUGCUGCAUCUUGAGCCGUUUUGUGUCUGAGGAAGCUCAACGUGAGCUUGUAGAAAACUGCAAUUCAUCGUGGACCUUAAAAAAAGAGCUUCGGAGAGAUGCGUUAAAGAUUUCAAAGAGGGAAGUGUCUUUCUCUUCUUGAGGAGGUCUGAAAUCAACCUCCAGUCUGCUCCGAGAGACCUCUCAACCUGUCGUUUCGCAACAAACGUAUUUUUAUGUUUUCAUGGAAGAGAAAUUUCAUUUUCUCUUCUGUUUUGUUACUGUUUUGAUGAUUUCAGAGCUGUUACUGAAACUUGUUCAAAGUGUGUCAGACCAUUACAGUAUUUAUUUAAUAGACUUGAAUUAGUCUAACGUCUUUGUGUGUUUCUGCUCAAACGAGGACCAAUGUAGUAAUGGGUGGAACGAGUGCUAUGAAUAUGAAUUCCCAUUUUAGCAAUAAUCAUGUGGAGAAAUUGUAAUGACAAUUAGAAGUUAAUCUACAAGAAAGAAUGCAAAAAAAAGUAAAAUGUGCAGCUGUUACUUAAGGUAGAGUAUCAGAGUGACGAUUGUUUUUACACAAUGUUACAGUUUUAACCAUUGCUUCUUUCUCCCUAAUGUUUUAGUUAUUAUUUUUGUUUUAAAUCCCUGUGUAUUUAUGACUUUGGGGUGAAAGGAGCUGUUUCAUGUAGUCGAGGUGUUGGGAAACUUGUAGAGUUUCACUGGAAUCAAACUUGAACUGUUCAGAGUUACUGUUAGCUCGAGCAGCUGAACAUACACACAGAUCGGAGAACUUCAGCCGUUCCUGGGGCUGGACGUUUAGGACCAAGCAGAACUCAAGGUCAGGAGGAGUAUUGUGAUGUACAUUUCACUCAACACUGUAGGUGAAUCUCACAGAGAACAUGUCCAUGUGCUUCACCUCAAAAUCAAAGAACAAAUUAACAAUUUUUUAUAUAUAUAUAUAUAUAUAUAUAUAUAUUUUUUUUUUUUACAUUAUCAAAUCUUUUUUGAUUUUCAUUAUGAUGCAGUAAACGAAAAUCAUCCUGUCCAAACUAUUUUUAUUUUAAUUUUUAAUAUUAUUAUUAUUUUUUUUUUUAACUAUUUUUAAAAUUAAAACAAGCAUCAUUUUAAAGCAGUAAAACAAAUACUGUCAAGUGGUAAAAAUAACAUAAUAUAUAAAUAUAUUAUAUUAAUAAUCUUCAGUAAUUGGAAAUCAUUGAAUUUCAUUUUUUCUUUUGAUUUUAUUUUGAAUUUCUUGACAGGCUUGGUGAGAUUCACCUAGAUGUUUUGAGUUGAUUUUGUUUUUUCUCUCUCUCUCUCUGUUUUAUGUUUGAUUAUUUCAUUUGGACGGUCUGUUACUGAUGUCCCCUUUCCGGCCAUUUCAUUUUUGUCCUGCCCUUCAGCCUCAGUGAUCUCUCCCUCCUCUGAGUGUGUUAUCAGAGUGUCUGUCUGUAUGUCUGUCUGCGGGCGCUGCUGUGCAAAGCCCUUGAGUGAUGAAAGCAUGUGCUAUUUAUUCGGGUCAAGGAGGGAGAGAAUGAAGGUGGGAUGUAUUGUAUAGACGCGAUUGUAAAGAUGACUUGUGACAGUCACAAAUGUAUAAUAAAAAUGCCAAAAAAAGAGAAAAA